GCUGCUGGUGCUUCCAGCAGUGCACCCUCUAGCCGCCAACUGGAGGACCGCGUUGACCACGUAGUGGCAAUGCUCGGCGACAUCAGCACCUUCGCUGCGCCGGCCACCACCAUCAGCAGUCUGCUGCAUACCUUGAAGACCGAGGUCCAGCAGCUGCAGUCGACGAAUGCUGGUGGCAAUCCGAAGAUGUUCAAGAUGCUAACUUUCAACCUGGAGAAGUUCGACGACUACACGCAGCAGGUACCGGUCCUCUGGUGGGAAGCAUUCACAACGCAACUCAGGAUUUUGCCCGUAGUCAAGCAUGCGUACAUCGACGCCCUGUUCCUGAACUCAAAGGGCGGAUGCCAGACCAGGUUGAGCCACCUAGCAACCUCCCACGGCGUCGACGUACCAGACUUGAAGGACAAAAUCACAUGGGAGGAACUGACACGGCUAUGGAAGAAGCGGUUCAUCGUCGACGACGCGCCGGCACUCGCCAUCAACCUGCCCAAUCUGGACUUGCCUUUCACUCAUCUCAGACGUGAGUUCUACAUAAGGUCCUGUGCUGCAUUGAGCCAGGCUCUUGGUGAUCGCGAGCAGUACUCCACUUUCGCCGAGAUUAUCGACAAGGCGAGAAAGAUCAUCAAGACCAAUAGGUCAGCUGCACACGAGAAAUCAACAUGGCAGCCAACCUAUGUGGAGAAGGUAGGAACUGAUCCGCGACAACAGCACUUCGCUGCAGUCCAGUCGGACAGUGGAGAUAACCUAGCGGCCACUCCAGCAUCAAGUGACGGAGAUCACUUGGCUGCUGUCCAGCCGCGAAGCAACAACAAGUCCCGCAACAAUGGGAAGGCGAAAUCCGCAUCGCAGGCCGAAAAUGGACAGCCAGUACAAGUUCCAUGGGUCAAGUUCGGCUUGACCGAGGCGGAGUACAAGGUCCGCAGCGGCUACGGCAGCUGCUAUUGGUGCAAUAGCACCAAGCACAAGACCUCCCUGUGCCAGGAUCAGGGCAAGGAGGAUGUGAGGCGACUCCACCUUCUACUCCGCAAGAUUCGGCCGCCUUGCUACCGGCCUCCAUGCACAUCUGGGGAGAACACGAAUGUCGCAAGUCCUCGGUACACUUACGAGGAUUAUCCUGUCCACUUGGUUCUACCGCUGGACCAGCCCCUCCACGUGCAACAGACCACCGCAUGCACGGUUUCAUCACCAUCGGCAACCGAUUCGGCAGCUUCGCCGCAAUCUAUCGCCGGGGAUUCGACGUCAUGGUCAAGACUUGAAGAACUCGACCCGUUGACGUUCACGGACUUCCAGUGGAUGUCCGUUCCCUCGACCGGACGAUUGCCAAAACCGCAUUGCAAUGUGCUCAUGGCACAACUGCGGGACUACUUGCACACUGCAGUACCAGCUCCGUUGAUGGACGCCGGAGCAGAGGUUGUCGACCUUCACGCCUACAUCGCAAAAAUCGACCACGAGUUCAAGACGCAACGGUACGACAGUAUCGACGCACCAUUGUUAUACGUACGCAUUCAGAUCGGAGAGGCGACCUGCAGUGCCUUGAUCGAUUGCGGAGCAUCUUGCAACUACAUCAGCUAUGACUUCAUGGUACGUGUCGGCCUUGGCCCACGUGUCCAGAGGAAGUCCCAGCCUACGCAAGUCACGCUGGCAGACGGUCAUACGCACAAGUCAAUCGACCGGUGCAUUGAUGUCGUCCCCGUGUACUUUGCCCCUCACGCAAGUGAGGCGGUGUCCUUUGAUAUUCUGGACACCAAAUUCGACAUGAUCUUGGGCAUGUCAUGGAUGCGAAGCAAGGAUCACCCGAUGAACUUCUUCAACCGCACCGUUCACGUUCGUGAUCGGAACGGAGUAUUAGUUUCAUGCACGGUGCCUCUUCCUCAUCCUUCGAUCAGCUGCCACGUGGUAUCCGCCGCAAGCAUUCGGAGUCUGGACGAGCAUGUGGAACAUCUGCGCACCGUUUUGGAGCGGCUACGACAAGCCAAGUACAAAGCAAACCGCAACAAGUGCGAGUUCGCACAGCAGGAGUUGGAGUACUUGGGACACUAUGUGACGCCGCAAGGCAUCCGUCCGCUUGCGGACAAGAUCGAGGCCCUACGAGUAUGGCCCGAGCCCACCAACACCACGGACGUUCUGCCUCCCAUCAACUCGCUUGAUGAUGCAAGGAAGAAGGAGCUGCUCGCAUUCGUGAUGGCUCUCAAGCGCUGGCGGCACUUCCUCCUUGGGCGUCGUAGGUUCACAUGGGUCACAGACAACAAUCCAUUGACCUACUACAAGACGCAGGACACGGUGAGCAGCACGAUUGGACGAUGGAUGUACUUCAUCGACCAAUUUGACUUCAMACYGAAACAUGUCCCCGACCUCUCCAAUCGCGCAACAGAUGCACUCUCGCGAAGACCUGAUCUUUGCGCCAUGACACAUCAUGCCUUCGCAUUCGAGGAGGAGCUUCAACGACAUUUCAUCCGAGCAUAUCAGUCUGAUCCGGACUUCGGCACGCUCUAUGCACAGCUAUCUUCGGAUCACCCGCCGGCUAGCCAUUACUGCAUUGCUGACGGGUACUUGCUCCUCUACUCGACAGGCAAGGACUUACUAUGUGUCCCACGCGACCGUCGUAUUCGGACUCGCCUCCUCGACGAGUAUCAUGAUUCACGACUCGCCGGCCAUUUCGGAGUCAACCGCACUAUUGCACGGCUUCAACAGCGAUUCCGAUGGCCUGACCUUAUUAUCGAUGUCACUCGGUAUUGCGACUCGUGCGAAGUUUGCCGACGCAGCAAACCCCGCAACCGCAAUCCCUAUGGCGAGUUACACCCGAUGCCUAUCCCACGGGAACCCGGUCUCUCCAUUGCCAUGGACCUCACCGGUCCAUUCCCUCGCGACCGGCUCGGGCACGACGACAUCCGCACGGUUGUGGACCGAUUGACGAUCGGAUGUUUCUACGUACUUCUUCUGAUGACGUGGACAAGUGCUAGUGUUCAGGCGGCCACCUCAUCGUUCCAUGACUCGAUACCUCCUCCUCCGCGUCCUCCUCUUAGUCGAGCUGCUGACGUGGCGCCGGGACGCGGCCUCCUCUCAAUGCCCUCCAGCAGAAGGCAUCUGUUACAGGACGAGACAAAGGCUCUGCCUUCAUCUCCAUCGUCGGGAUCGGCGGCUCCGUCGUCGGCUGCUCCGUCUUUGCCUGCGGCGGCUUCGUCGUCGGCCGCCCCGGCCGCCUCCGACCCGACUCCGCUGCCGUCUAAACUCGUUCCUCGCAAUAGGACUUUAUUUCCCUCAAGCCGCCUGGUGUGGUCCCACACUGCCGUCCCUCCGUUCCUGCAACCGUCGACCCGCAAGUAUUGGUGCCGUCCAGUUGUCUACGACUUAGUCGUUGCUUCGCAGAACACGGCACUUUACGUCGACUUCUGGGAAGUCUGCUACUUGAACGACGAGCUCUCUCAUCGGCGCGAGUCAUUCUGGAAAGUCGAUCUCGGUGAAGUCGGUAACGAAAGCCAUCCUCCUGACGGGCUGUUGCUCGGCUACUGGUGGCCUUUCGGCGCGGGAAACGGUUCUGCUGUUGACACCCCAUUCAUCCAGUACGCUGGCCCAAAUGACACCGUUUCGAUGGCCGACGUUUGGGCGAUGGAUGUGACGCGAGCGGGCGAUAGUCUUGUGCUCUUGUCCAAACCAACUGGGGAGGACAAGUACUCCAAGAUUUUCGCCGUGUCCACAAACAAUGGCAGCAGAACUUCUACUUCUACUUCCCUUCCCGUAAGCGGCGCCCGCGGUCUCACGUUCAAUCCGAACGGGACGCGUCUGUACGUAGCUCUUGGUGUUGCACCCGUUUCCAUCGUAAGCGCUCCUGUGGCGGAGUCCAGAGAGACAGGGAUCCCGAUSGACGGCGCGGAGUGGACUGACGUGAGGAGAUUCCCUCCAGGGGGGGAUCCCGAUAUCAAGACCGUCCGCUUCAGCUCGCAGAGCUUUUCCUCGGACGAGCGCUGCCUCUAUUUCCUGGACACCGAGAACCUUCGUGUGUGGGGAGUCGAUCCCCUUACCUCYGCUGGUACCGCCGCUAAUCCCGUGCUCAUCGCGGGAUCCGGCUCGAGAGGACUGGGCGAUGGGGACGGACUCAACUCCUCCUUCAACAACUUGACGGACAUGGCGGUCACUCCCGACGGCUGCAACAUCUUCGUCGUUGAUUACUGGUACGGUGUGCUUCGCUGGCUGCAGCUGGACUCACCCUGCUCCGCGGCUCGCAGGGUGGUGACACUGGAAACUUUCCCAGGGCUGCUUAGAGUCAGGCUCGGUCAAUCCGGCAGCGACUACUACCUGUACAUCGGGACGACCGCCGGCUCCGUGACGGAGCUGAAGAUCAAUGCCUCUCAGCUUCACCCUUGUGCUCCUACGCCGCCAUCGCUAGCCGGGAUCUCGGCGCCUUCGUCUAACCCGAUCCCCGCCCCCACGCCCGAUCCGAAUGUCCCCUCGCUUCACUCGAUCUCCCCCUUAUCUGCCUCUUCUCCCACUCCCUCUUUCCGGUCUAGCGAGCCCUCUGCGGCUCCAACAAAGCCGGGGGGAACUCGCAGUCUAGCUUUAAUCGUAGCUCUCCCGGUCUCUGUUCUCGCAGUCCUUGGCGCGGCCGCUUGCGCAAGUUUCCUCAUGUUAUACAGCAAGAGACGGCUCGGCGGGCUUAAAGACGUCCAGGUGACGACCGACUUGAGGACGAACGGCAGCGGCGGGUCCACGAUUCCAACGACUGCUUCGUCGUCGKCGGCGGUAGCUGGGGGGAAAGCGGAGGGGCUUCAUCCUUCGCAGGUAAAGCAGUUCUCGUUUGCAGCUCUGUCCUAUUGCACUCAGAACUUCAGCGACGGCUAUCGCAUCGGACCCGGUGGGGCGUUUGGUAAUGUCUACUGGGGUUCCAUGGAUGACGGCAAGGCGUUGGCGAUCAAGGUCAUGACAGGCGAUCUGACAGAGGGGAAAAGGAGCAUGUUUCUGGCGGAAGUGAACACGCUCAGCAGAGUCCAUCACGCCAACCUCAUCCGGCUCGUUGGAUUCUGCCUUGAGGGCAAACGUUCGAUCUUGGUCUAUCCCUACUUUCCAGGGGGGAGCUUGUUCGCUCGUCUGCACGAGAGAGAGAAAGCCGUGCCGGGGAAAGCUUCGAUYCCGCCGCUGACUCUGGUGGAGCGGAUGUGCGUCGCCUUSCAGAUCGCUAAGGGCCUAGCCUACCUUCACGAGGGUGCSGACCCGCCAGUCAUYCAUCGGGACAUCAAGAGCAGCAACGUGCUGCUUGGCGAUGGCUCCGGGGAGAAGUUGCACGUGGUGGUGGCGGACUUCGGCCUUGCGACUAUGGGAGAGAGAGUGUUCGGCACGGAGCUUGAGUCGGUGGUCAAGACCUCGCACAUGGCGGGCACGUUCGGGUACAUGGCGCCGGAGUACAUGAUGGGAGGAAUUCUGUCGGAGAAGAACGACGUGUACGCUUUCGGCAUUAUCCUGCUGGAGCUGCUGACGGGCCGGAAGGCCGUGGCAAAGGCACCCUCUGGGGUGGGGUGGGAGACCCUAUCGGACUGGGUUAAGCCGUUGCUUAAAAAACUACACGUCGUUGGUGACGAGAUGGCGUACCAAAUUCUGGACCCUUGCCUGCGUGAUCAGGCGGCGGGACUCAGGUUCAGCCGUAUGGUUAGCGAAACGCUGCAUUUGGCCAGCGAGUGCAUACGAGAGGAUGAUCAAACCCGGCCAACGAUGUGCGGAUUGGUGGAGAAGAUAGGCAAUCUCCUCAAUGAAGCGCAGAUCAACGUCAGGCAAACGAAGCACUGACCGUUUUCAUUAAUGGCGGGAAAGGUGAGUCAUUCUUGACCGGAAGGAGAGAGAGAUCUCAUCAUGAAGCUCAUGACUGG